AUUAGAUUUUGCUUUCGCUCCACCACCGGGCGGAGAACGGACGAACACUGUGCGGAUCUGUAACCGUGGUGCGUUUCCACUUCCUCCCCAGCUCAUCCGCGACAGAGCAAUUAGUCCAUUGCACACCUCCACUCCUCACCCUUCAAUCUUUCGUUCCCAACUGCGUUUCCUCCUCCGCGUCUUCAAGGAGGGGAGACCUGAAACGAAUCCAGUCCAGGCUGGUGGCUGCCGGCGCUGGACCUGAACGCUGGUGCAUACUGCGUAGGCAAGAGCAGGCAAUGGCGGAGGCGAAUGCGGGGAAGGAGAAGAAGGAAGUGGUGCGGCUGGAGCGCGAGUCCGUGAUCCCCAUCAUGAAGCCCAAGCUCACCAUGAAGCUCGCCUACCUCAUCGAACAUCAGUCUGACAGAGAAGAAUUCUUGAAGCUCUGCAGGAGGGUUGAGUACACCAUAAGGGCUUGGUACCAUCUCCAGUUUGAUGAUAUGAUGGAACUGUUCGCUCUCUUCGAUCCUGUGCAUGGUGCUAAAAAACUCGAGCAGCAGAACUUCCUACCUGAGGAAAUCGACACGCUUGAGCAGAACUUCCUGUCCUAUUUCUUUCGGGUGAUGGAAAAGAGCAAUUUUAACAUAGUAAAUGACGAUGAGGUUGAACUUGCUCAUUCUGGACAAUAUCUGUUGAAUCUUCCCAUUAAAGUUGAUGAAUCAAAGUUAGAUGACAAACUUCUGUCGAAGUAUUUUAAGGAGCACCGUCAUGAAAACCUGCCCGACUUCUCAGACAAGUAUGUUAUAUUUCGUAGGGGCAUUGGAUUGGACCGCACUAGCAACUUUUUCUUCAUGGAGAAAGUGGACAUGAUCAUAGCUCGUGCAUGGCGAAGGUUCCUUGAGAAGACGAGACUGCAAAAGCUGUUCUCAAGAAAGAAAAAUAGUAAGCCAAAGAUAGAUUCCAAGAAGAAUGAUGAUUUAGCUAGUGAAAUAGAAGACAAGGAGCUUUAUGUUGAACGCAUACGUCUUGAAACAAUGGAUUUAAGCUUUGGGAAUUUAUUUGGCAAGGUCACAAUUCAAGAGCCUACAUUUGAAGAGGUGAUUGUCUUGUAUAGGAGAAAAAGUCCAAAGGGCCAGGAUGAUAGGGCAAUUCAUGUAAAGCACUUCAAAAAUAUCCCAAUGGCAGACAUGGAGUUGGUUCUGCCUGAGAAGAAAAACCCGAGCCUCACACCUAUGGACUGGGUUCAAUUUAUUGUUUCUGUUGUCAUUGGACUUGUUACACUCAUCAGUUCACUGGAAAUGCCUAAAGCUGAUUUCUGGGUUGUAAUUGCAAUCCUCUCUGCACUGGCAGGAUAUUGCGCGAAGAUCUAUUUCUCGUUUCAACAGAAUAUGGCAACCUACCAAAACUUAAUCACUCAAUCAAUGUAUGACAAACAACUAGAUAGUGGGAAAGGCACACUCCUCCACCUCUGUGAUGAUGUGAUUCAACAGGAGGUCAAGGAGGUCAUAAUUGCCUACUACAUUUUGAUGGAGAAUGGAAAGGCUACCAGUGAUGAUCUUGACUUGCAAUGCGAGGAGUUAAUCCAGGAAGAGUUUGGCUUGCAAUGCAAUUUUGAGGUGAUGGAUGCAGUUCAGAAGCUGGAGAGGCUUGGUGUCAUUACAAGAGUGAGUUCUCACUUGUUUCUUUUUCUUCUCAUGGUGCCACCUGAUCAGAGCAUAGGGACGUUUUCUUACAGAUACAGUGCACAGAAUAACGAUUUUUGCAGACACGUUUACAGGGCCAGAAGUUUUUGCAUCUACUGACCAUCAUGUUGUCACGUAUUGUUCUCUGCUUCUUUUUUUCUUUUUCUUUCUGCCCAAUACUGAAGGCCGUUUUGC